UGGUGUCCCGAGUGUGGUCUCUCCCUUUUUUUAGCUAGUGACUUUUUUGUGUUAAUUCAUAUUGUAUACAAAUAUAUCAUGUAAAAAUUAUAUUUAAUUUCUUGCACAAUGGAUGAGAUAACAUCGGGACUUGAUCCCGAUGAAAUGAUGGAUCUGGAUGAGCCCGAGGGCUCUGAUCUUGAGGAAGAUGAAGAGGAGAUAAUUGAUGAUCCAGUUCCAUCCCCAUUUCAACUGCUUUCUUCUGGCCCUGGCUCCACAGCCACCUCUGUUGCUUCUUCACCAUCUAACACCGAUGAUUUCCCUACACCAUUUAAUUUUACAGGAAAACCACUCAAUAUCAAGAGGGGCCGCGGGAGGCCUAGAAGGGAGGGGGGUAAACCUAUACCGAGAACAUCUCGAGGGGGAGGAACCGGCACUACACGUAUGCGUCGUCCUCGUCCGCCUGGUUUUUCCAGGAGAGGAGGGGGUAGAAGUUUCAGGCAACCCGAUCGCACUGAAUUUGAUAUGUCUUUGUUCACUCCCUCUCCCAGCGAUGAAAUGACGAUGUUGGACCCAGAAACGGGUUCCCUGAUUUUCCAGGAGCGUGAAAGACCGCUUCCCUCCUUAGAGGAACCACCUUACUUCCCAGAACAAUGGCCUGGGAAAGUUUGUGCCUUCUGUAAUUUAGGUGAAAGAAGUCAGUUGGGACAAGGCGAUAUGUUGCGAUUGAACUGUCCUGAGAAUUUUUCUCCUCAGAAAAUGGCAUCAGAGCAGGUAACGGUAAGCCCGAUGCAAGCUCCAGAAAGGGAUUCCGGGGAUAAGAGCCCCAGGGGUCCCGUAACUUGCAGGAGGCAGAAGAGCUUCAAUAAAUGUCGGCAUCCAUCUAUGACCAGCGAAUACGUCGACGAACUGACUAUUAUCGGUUAUAAUGAAAUACCAGACGUGUCUGUAAUUUUUGAACCGGGUGGGCAAUUUUACGCGCACAGGAACUGCGCCCUGUGGUCUCACGGGGUCACUAGAGCAGAAAAUACUGCUUUGUUAAACGUGGGUCCCGUGGUUCUACAAAGUUCUUCCAAGAAGUGUUCAUUCUGCAACCAUUACGGUGCGAGCUUGAUGUGUAAUAUGGAAGGUUGCACCAAAAUUUAUCAUUUCCCUUGUGCUACAGCCUCUGGUGCCUUUCAAGAAUUGAUUUCCCUGACCACUUUCUGCAGUAGCCAUCUCGGACAAGUUGCAAUGCUCUGCGAAUCGUCUGUUUGUUACACCUGUAAAACCUUGGGGGACAUAGCGAAUUUAAUGUUUUGCUCGAUCUGCAGCACUCAUUAUCAUGGAAUUUGCGUCGGUUUGGCCCAACUGCCAGGUGUCCGGGCAGGCUGGCAAUGUAGGAAGUGCCGCUGUUGUCAGGUCUGUCGAGUAACGGGCGACGAAACCAAGUUGAUGUCUUGCGAACAGUGUGAUAAAGUGUACCAUGCCAGCUGCCAACGGCCGGUCGUUACUUCUAUUCCGAAAUAUGGAUGGAAAUGUCGGUGUUGCAGGGUCUGCGGUGAUUGCGGUUCACGCACCCCAGGAGCGGGUCUCUCGUCGCGGUGGCACGCUCACUACACCGUGUGUGAUUCCUGUUACCAGCAGAGGAACAAGGGAUUCUCCUGUCCUUUGUGCCAUCGAGCCUACCGCGCCCAUGCCCAUCGGGAGAUGGUGCAAUGCACGAUGUGCAGAAAAUUUGUCCACGGGACUUGUGACCCAGAAGCUGACUUAGUGACAUAUCAUCAAAGAAGAGAAGCUCAUCCAGAUUACGAAUAUGUGUGUUCGUAUUGCAAAAAUCUAACCCAGUCUGGACGGCAAUUAACUUCAAAACGAUCAAGUACUGACGAUCCAUCGGAGCUGUCCGUGUCCCAAGAAUCUCUCUACGAUGACACUUCAGAAUUCGACCUGCCUUCGCCGGACGAAUUCGCCCGUAACAUGGGCCUGGGCAAGGGCAAACCUUACAGUGCCAGUAAAAUAGCCAAGAAGCGAUUAGGGUUCUCCACGGGCAUGCCCGGAAGACCCAAAGGAACGGGUAAAGCGUUGCCGGGUAAAGUGGGGUUCAUGAAGCGCGCCCGUCUCACCGAGUUCGGCCGCAAACGGGGCCCCAAAGCUAAGAUGAGGGGGGUUUUUGGAGUGCCCGGUGUCGGGUUACAGAGGCCGGUCUCCGACGGGAAGAACGACGAGGAGCCGGGCGUCGAGAACCGUCUAGUGUUGUGUUCGGCGAAGGACAAGUUCGUUUUGACGCAGGAUAUUUGCGUGAUGUGCGGCGCUCUGGGGACCGACCAGGAGGGGUGUUUGAUUGCUUGCGUUCAGUGCGGGCAGUGUUAUCAUCCGUACUGCGUCAACGUUAAGGUCACCAAGGUCAUCUUGCAGAAGGGGUGGAGAUGCCUAGACUGCACGGUCUGCGAGGGCUGUGGCCAACGAAACGACGAAGGCCGUCUGAUCCUGUGCGACGACUGUGAUGUCUCCUAUCACAUUUAUUGCAUGGAUCCGCCCCUGGACUAUGUUCCCCACGGCAACUGGAAGUGCAAGUGGUGUGCCAUCUGUCAAAACUGCGGCGCCUCCGAUCCGGGCUUCAACUGCACCUGGAUGAACAGUUGGACGGAAUGCGGCCCUUGCGCCUCCCACGUCAACUGCCCGAGUUGCAACGAACCUUACAGCGAGGGAGACUUGAUCAUCCAGUGCGUUCAGUGCGAACGGUGGUUGCACGGCACCUGCGAUUUCAUAAAGACGGAAGAAGACGCGGAGAAGUGCGCUGAAGAAGGGUAUAAUUGUAUCCUUUGUAGGCCUAGGGAUGUGCCUCCGCCACAUCUGGUGCCGUCGCCUGCUGCGCCCAAGCCUCCGACGCCAACAAAGAGUCCGGAGAUGAGUAAGAACACUAAUUUCGUUAUCGACGGGAUUUGUUUGAGCGAAAUGGGGCAUAGUCUCAUUAAGUCUUUGUCUAUGGAAUACCACGGGACGAGGAAGAAGCGGAAGAAGAUUCCAACCAUCCAGGACAAAGAGGCUGGGAUUAUGGCCACUAUCGAGUCUGUCGUGGCUGGUGGAAACACAGAUAACGCGUUGGAAGAGAGCGCAAAAUUAGAGCUGGUAGACGUGAAAGAGGAGCCGCAAGAGAUGUACAAGGAAGGCAUGAUAUGGACGAAAGAGGACGGUCCGCCACCGGAAGGCUUCACCGUGUUCACCAUGGAGAGCGGAAUAUCCGUCCUCCGCCGCAAACGUCAGCGCAACUUGCAGAAGCUCGGAAUCGGCGGGUUCCUGGUCCGCAUGAGGGGCAUCAGGACCGGUCAGGACAACGACGAUAUCGACACUUUGCCCGGACAGUCGAACCCGCAAGGCGGAGAGUUAGCGACGCCUCUUCCGGCGGACGGGGAGAAACCCAGGAGGAAGCCUAUACGGAGGAAGCCGAAGAGUAAGUUGGCGGAGACGUUUCCCGCGUAUCUUCAGGAGGCGUUCUUCGGUAAAGAGCUUUUGGAUGGUAUCGAAUCGAAAAAAGAAGUAGAUAGUUGCAGCAGCGAUGAUGAGAAGGGUGACAAGUAUAAGUCUAUAAAAUUGUCGCAGGACGAACUGAUGGCUGUGGCGGCAGUUACCGCUAAACAAGAAAAACUUGGCGGAAUUUCCACAGAAACCAAAGACGGCACGAAAGAUCAAAAACUAGCCAAUCUUGUCCCUAAAGAAGAGGAUGAUGACAAUACGGAGGACCUCAAAGAUGUCCUCGCCUUACCUGGCGAUUUGCUCGAUACGGAAUUAGUGAACAGCAUCAUCAAUGAGGACGACGAUGAGUUAACUAAGAAUACUGAAUCCCUGGAAGCUUUAGAUUCGAAUCUGCCCGACGAUAAUGAACUAGCGGAUACUUUGGGCAGUUCUGGAAAUUCAAAGGAUACCAAAGAUGAAUUGAGUGAUAUUUUAGGACCACACUUUAAUUUAGAGUACAUACCGAAUAUUAAUAGUAAGGACGUGGAGGAUAUGUUCAAGGGCGUCUUGACCGACGAAUCUCAAGAAUCCCAGGAGAGUAACGCCUUUCCCAUGUCGGCUAACAGCAUGUUUUCCAAUGCCAAUGCGCAGCAACCGGUCGCGCAACAUCCGAUCGUCACGCCGCCCGUUCGGCCGACCACUUUGUCGGGCAUCAACCAGAGCAACCUGAAUUCUCCGGUCAGCUUCCCGCCUCCAUCCCCUUACCACUCCGAAUAUAGCAAUAGCCCCCAGUUCAGCCCGGCCUUCUCGGAGCCGCCCAGCCCGUGGGUGAACGUGAACGAACACCCCGACAUCGACAGCACCAACGUCGGUGUGCCCUCGACUUACAACCAGCGUUCCUCGGAGAAGAUGAGAGCGGACGAGGGCCUGGGUAACGGCGCCACCAUAUCCGCCGUGCUGUACGCCAACAUGAACCACCCGGAGUGGAAGACGGAGUACCCUAAUUGGUCGGACAGGUACAAGCAGAUAAUCAAGAAGUGGAGGACGUUGAGCCAGGAGCAGAAGGCGCCGUUCCUUCAGCAGGCGAGGGACAACAGGAGUCAGCUGAGGAUGAAGAAGGCGCAGCAGUCACAGACCACCAAGGACAACACCGCCACCUCCUCGAGCGCGGCGGCCAAGCCACCUCCCGUUGUUCCGGCCCUGGUCACCAGCCUUGCGACCACCCAAGCGGUGCCUCCUCCGGCCCCCCCAGCUCCAGUGUCAGAGGAUCAAGAAAAGAUCGCCUUGCAGCAAAAGUCGGCUCGUGAGGCUGAACAGGAGAGACAGUGGAAACAGUUGCAGGCUAUGAGGCAGCAGCAGGCUCAGCAGCAGCAACACGUUAUCCAUGAACAACGUGUUCAAGCGAUUGCGAGAGUCCAACGGCAGAUAAGCACGGACCCGAAUCAACCUUUCAUUCAGGAUCAGCAGAGCCCCCUGCAAGCGACAACUCCGCAAGAUCUUAGCCCCGUAACUUCCCCCUCCCCAAUUUCCCGACCGUUCCUAGGUAUUAAAUCGCCAACUUUCCCCCUCCCUUCGCCUAUAUCGGCCCCACCUAUCAGACCACCGACACCUUCACAAUCCCCACACGAUUUUCCUCAACCUACGACACCCGACAACAAUGAUCCGUAUGCACAAGCCCCUGCUACUCCUAAACCAAUAUUUCAGCCCAGGUUGCCCGCCGAUCCGUACGCUCAUCAGCCUGCAACUCCCAGACCACAAUUUCCCAUCAACAGGCCACCCAUACAGGGUUUUGGAAGUAUACGUCCCGAGCAGCAGGAGGUCAACAUCAACCGGCAACUGCGAGACCUUUUACAGAGACAGCAGUUUAAAAAAUUGGAUGAAUUGCUUCCUGGUAAAACGCAACAACGUGUUUGGCCACCGGUCGAAAAUCAAGAUGCCGAAACACCGACAACCACGGUAGUGUCGAGCGCAGACGGUACAUUCAGGCAGCCAUUGCCACCGAGCGUUAUGAGGCCGAGAAUGACCGUUUCCGUAGGGAACAGACCCAUUAUGAACACCAAUCCCAUGAGAUUGCAACAGAUCGAUCCUCGAAUCCAAGGUUUAGACCCGAGGAUGCGGUUAAUAAUACAACAGCAGCAGGUAAUACAAUCCGGUGAUUCGGUAUUACCACGUUUUAACGUUUAUUUACAGCAACGUUUAGCACACACCAGCGCGCAGGGUAUCCAGCAACAGUUCGUGAGGUUCUUGCCCGGAGCGGUGAGGCCGACCACGGUGGAACAAUUUGAACUACUGCAUCGUCAGAAUCAAUUACAGAAUCAGAACCGUGCGGCAGAUCUGAGUACGGGCCCGCGAUUACCCAUUAACCAAAAUAGCGUCGUUCAGAGGCCCCCGCUGACUCAACCACCCACCGUCACAACAGCCGCUGGUGCUCCCGAAAACAACGUGAACGAAGAAGGCAUUCCGGAUAACGUAACUGCCGAGUUGGAGAAGCUGGAGCAAGAAACAGGUACGAUGGUUGAGCUGCAAGGCGUAAGCGACAUCUUAGGCGGUCUGGGCGAUGACGACGACGAACUAUUGGCUGAAAUGGGGGCUGACUUCAACAUUCUAGAAUACGCCGAUCCGGAACUAGAAACUCUGACCGGAGGCAAAACAAAUAUCCUAGAUCUGGAACUGGAAGAAGAGCCGAUAAAGAAGGACAAUAAAAAUAGUGCACCGGCAACGACUUCUACGCAAAAACAACCGGUGACGACAACCGCAACGGCCACAGCCGUCCUGAAAAAAGACACCACGCCAGUUCCCUCGAAACCAGCGCCUCUACCGAUGCAAACCCCGGAGCAAGUGGGAAACCUACCGCCGCCUCCCCCGUUGGCGACUUCCCAGUCCCAACAAGUAGCACAGCAGCAGCAGCAGGCGCCACAUCCCCCUCCAACCCAGCAGCCUCCCCCGCAGCCCCAGCCGAUGCCGCCGCAGCAUUUAACGCCUCAGCAGAUCCAUCAGCAGAUGUUGCAUCAGGUGCAGCAGGCUGCCGCGCAGGGCAGACCAAUGCCUCCCGGGUCCAAAAUGCAGACACCAGAUGGCGUGAUUGGCAUUGUUAUGCCUAAUAACACCGUGCAGCUGCAAGUGCCGCCGAAUUAUCAGCAAAGGUUCAUCCUCCAACAAUUACAACACCAAAAACUACAAAUGAGAGUAGGACAGGCUGGGCCUCGGAUGAUGUCCGUCCAGGUCUCCCCAUCGCAGCAGCUGCAUCCCCCACCCGUAGGUCUCCCCGCAGGGCCCAGGAUGGGGGCAGCAGCACCCCCGCCGCCGCCUCCGCCAUACCCGGGACCUCCACCACCAUAUCCUGGCAACGUGACUCCACAACACCAGCCACAACAGACGGGAUUGAGAAUGGGGCCUGGUCAUCUCUCGUCGGGACACAUGCAUCCCAUGACACUGCAGGGUUUACCCAUGCAUCCACAUUUGCAGCGGAGACCCCUUCUCCUCGAGGAACAGCCCCUUUUGUUGGAGGACUUGCUGGAGCAAGAGAAAAGGGAGCAGGAGAAGCUACAAAACCAGCCCCCCAGCCAAGAAGUGUCCUCUUCGACGUCCGUCGAGCCCGAACCCGCGCUAUUGAGCGAUCAUGAUUUUGAGCGACUCAAAGCGGAUGUUUUCAGUAGCGGGCCAGUCGGCAUUAAUUCGCCCAUCAGUCAAGGCAGUGGGCCCAUUGCUACCCAACCGUCUUGGCAGCAAAACCAGUCGAGACCUCCCCCGGCACCGACGCCCCAAGUAACCACUGAAAUUACAACCAGAGUGCAGAUAUUUAACGCUAAUCUGAUGCCAGCGCCUCCGUUGCCUCCCGAGAAUAUCAUCACGGAACAAGACAAGCAGUCACAGAUGUUAUACGAACAGUGGCUUAAUCAUCAAAACAACGUACUUACCCAGCAGUUGCGGUAUUACGAAACUGAAGUACAAAAAUUGAGGAAGAGCAGAAAAUCGUUGAAUAGUAAGCAGCGGCAGUUGAGGAAAUCCGGCAACCAGCUGACAGAAGCGGACGCCGCGGAACUGCAACGUAUUUCUGCCGACCAGGCAAUCCUCCAGAAACACUUGGAAUCUAGCAGGAAGCAAAGCCGGCAGCACGGCAUGCUGAUACAGGAAUACCGAAACAAGCAACAAACGAAGCAGUCCGGACCGGGACAGUCGCCUUUACAGCAGAUCCACUCCCCGCUGGGUCCGCCGGCGUCUUCUCCGAUCCACCAUCCGAGUACGUCUCAGUCGCCGAUGAUGUCGCCGUCGGCAUCGCCUUUAACUCAACACAGUUCUCCGAUGAAUAGUCCCGGACCGAUAGUGUCUCACUCGCCGGGGCCCGGUUCGGUGCAGAAUCUGUUGCAGAGCCCGAGCAGCAUGCCGGGUAAUAACAUGUCGCCGAUGCAGCCCUCGCCUAGGAUCGGCACGCCGCACUCUCAAAAGAUGAAAAGCGAAUUUAUUGAUGUUCUCGAAGGUGAAGGCAGCCCAGGUCCAGUUCAGUCACCUUCUCAGGUCUGCCUUCCCCCGCCUGUACCCAGGAUGACUUCACCCCAACACAGAAGAAUGGUCACGAGCCCAGUUGCCGCACCGCAGAUGCGAUUCGUACGCACCCCUAUAGACCAUGCGGCGCUCCAGCAAAGGGUCCGACUGCAAUCGUCUUUACAAAAUUUCCAGCAGAAACCCGGCACGCCUUCGCCUCUGAACAGCCCUCCAGCUCAACAAAUCAGCCAGCAAUUGCAACUCCAAAAGCAGCUCCAUCAACAAGCCUUGCUUCAACAACAGGGUUUGGACAGUGGUUCUAACGAAGGGAAUAUCUUGCACCGAGCCGCCCAGCUGCUCCAACACAGGAAUCUGCUCAGACAGCAACAGGUGGCUCAGCAGCAACAGCAGCAGUCGCAGCAACAAGCUAUCGGUCAGCCACAACCGCUCACACCCCAACAGCACCAGAUGAUGCUCCAACAACAGAAACAACUGGCACAGCAGCAGCAACAGCAGAUCGCCCAGUUGCAAGCUAGGCUCAGCCAACAGCAGAUUAAUCCUCCACAGUCGCCGAUGCCGCCGAAAAGUCCCAUGGUUAGUCAGCAAAUCAUGUCGCCACAUUCUAUGCCCGCCUCGCCCAUGCAGAUGCCGCCAAAGAGUCCAAUGGUGUCCUCGUUCGGUUCCAAUCAACCGAACCCUAAUUCUCCCGUCGCCAGAAGUCCGGCUUUCCACCAAGGGAUUCAACCUCCCAGCAGUCCGAUGACCCACAGCCAGUACCAGCCGCCUAGUUCGCCGAUGGCUAGGAGUCCGAUGUUGAAUCAAACUCAAUCGCCUCAUGGCAUUAGAAGACCUCCAAGCGCCAACAGUAGCCCAGCCAUGCCCGACAGGCCUCAUAGCGUAGAAAAUCUCGAAACCCCCAGAACGCCUUUCAGUAUGGAGCACAUGUUGCAGGAAAGUCAGAACAAUGCUAUGUCUAAACAGAACGAGAACAUGCAAAGUGGCGGGGGCAAUCCCAACAACCCCUGGAAUCCCAUACCGUCACCUCCUGGUUUCGGCAGAUUUGGGUACGUUAAACUCGGAUUGCGAGGUGGUUCCCCGAUGUGGAAUUACGGCAGGGGUGCCAAACGGAUUCCUACACCCCCUAGUACCGUCAAACCCGAAGAUAAACUGUGUGCGACCGAUUCAACCGGCAUGUCGUCACCAAUUCCAAAGCUAAAAAAGGAAUCUCAUUUAAGUAAAGUUUCGAUAUUGAAGAGGAAAUCCCCCGCGAAAACUAAUCUUCAGUCCCUAGCUAUUAGUAAAGUGGGUUCCCUGGUCAGCACGGAUUAUAAUGAAUUUGAUGAUAGUUCCUCGACACCACCGGUGACGCCUCCACCGUUACCUUCCACCAGCAGAGUGACGGGACAAAAAUCUAUCCCGAAAAAGAUACUGGUGCAUCCGGACGUAAAGGAUUCUUUAAUGGUAAUGCAUAGCGCCGAACAAAAAUCAUUGCACGUCAACGAGAUAAUGGACUACGAUGAUGAUAAUAACACUGUCUUGUCCGCCGAGGUGUCUUUAAGUGCUGCCGCACAACAAACCGACGGUGACGAUAUCGUGGAAAUCGAAACUUUAUCUCAAAGCGAUUUAGGAGGCCUGGCGAGUCCUUUGGAAUCCGAUCAAAUGACGGACGAAUAUUUACUAUUUUCGGGAAAUAUGGUAGUCGAAGAAGACGAAGCCGAGGAGGAAUAUUCAGAAGAGAAUAUGCAUAUCGUAAUACGCAGUCCAACAACCAGCGAUGACGAGUUCAUAAUGCAAGGAAAAACGAAAAAAUAUAACAUUGUGGGUCAUCCUGAUCAUCUUUUAGGAAUAGCCGACACACCGGAGUCUCCUGAGCAGGAGGAUAUGAACGUUGAUCCUUCGCCAGAACCUGCAGAUGACGAUGUGCUGGAAUCGGAAAUAUUAAUAAUAGAUCCGAACGCUAAGUCUCCCGAAGACUCCAUAUCGACCAAAGAGGACUUUGAAGAGCUGAUAGAUGAAGGGUCGAGGAAGGAUAAUCUCCGUAAACGAAGCGAAGUUAUUACCGCAAAACAUAUCAGUGACUUUCAUAAAUACGCCAGCAUCUUCAAUUAUACCAAGAACUUACAAACGGCCGCAGCAACAUCUGGCGUGAAUACUGCUAGAAUUGCUAACGUCAUGACUCAGAAACUUUCUUCAAAGAUAUCUUUGAUAGCGAGUCCGGUAGUGCAGAAUCUAACUGCCCCUCCUAAAACUACCGCAGAAAAACUAAUUCUGGCGCAGAACGCAAAAGUUGUUAAUGCCACCAACACGUCCAAGGUUACCAGCAUUAUUUUAGCACAUAACAAUGCUGUUAGAGGGAACGUAUUAAGUGUACCGAAUAUCGUCACCACAAUUCCACCUGCCAUAAAAAUAGUCAGUGCCAGCACUUCUCAAAUAGCUUCUAUCCUACCCUCGAAGUUCACCGUCCCUGUAAUAAGUGCAAGCGCCGUACGGCAACUUCCGAACGUUAAAGUUAUCGAUAAACCUUCGUCCUCGUUAUCGUUAACAACGCACGACAGCUCUUUACCGAAGAAAAUAUUUGAGGACGACUCUGUGUCGCCAGACAGUUCGAACUGUGAAGACGACAAGUCAAAGGAUUCUUCGGAUGAAAAGUCAAAAACCGACUCGCCAACCGCAGACGAUUCAAAACCACCUCUUUUUGCAAAAAAUGCUGACUUGUCGGACAAGAAUAUAUCCGCAGCAAGCAGUAAGCCUGCAUUGGAAAUUAAAGGUGAUAGAAAGCACGAGGAGAAGUUAAAGGAAGCAAAAAUGAGAGACAAAACUCCGCCUUCAAGAAAAGUAGAACAUCUCACUAUCACAAGUUUAGUAACUAAGGAACAAGCACAAAAGCAGAGGGUACCCAGUCCGAUUAUAUCAAAAACGUCUCCACCUGUAAUAAUUCAUAAUACUCCAGAAUUGAAAAUGACAGCUCAGGUCAUCCAAGAAACACAGCCCCAUAUGCAGAUUACCGCUACAACAGAAACUGUGGAUGCUUUCGACGGGUCUACAGAAGACACAAAGUCUGUCGUUAUAUCUAUUCCUUCACCAACUCCUUCUCAGGAACAAAUGCUCGAUAAUAUUGCACUGCAAGCUCUGGAGAACCGUAGCAGGAGGGAGUUCGAGUCCUUCGAAGACGUUCUAGACAUGAUCGAGAACAUUACAGCAGAACCACCGGCAAUUCUAGAAGAAAACGUUACCAUUAAAGAACAGUUUAAACCGGAGCACAGAAUAGUAGAAGAAAACAAAAUUUUAGAAGUUAAGGAAAAGGUAGAGCCUCCAAAAGAAGCACAAACUCAAACCAGUAAAAUUGAGACCCAAGUGGCGGUGAACGUUUCAACAUCUAGCAAAUCCUCCGUUGUCCCUCAGCUUUCCCCACUCUCUCAACCGACGGACUUAACGACAAACAUGGCCAAUGCCUCACAACAACUCAGAACUUUACUGUCCUCACUACAGACGACCUCAACAUCGGCACCGACGAACGUAGAGUCUAUCGUAAAAAAUAUAGGUCAUAAAAUUGUUAGCAGUGCCUCUCCCACAGCUUCUUCACCGAUCGUGGCCUCUAGAGUGAUUCAACAAGCUGGAAAACAGCCUCCGGUUGUAACCAGUUUAAAUACCGUUAUAGUGCCGAAUAUGAAACCCAAACCUACCCCUGUAACGACAAAUCCUCCAAGGUCCAGUCCGAUAAGGACGCAACACAUUGCAUCCUCAACGUCGAGCGGUACAUCAACCUUAAGUUUUCUCUCAACUCGGACUGUGGGUGGCAUUCAUCUCAUGCCCGAUCAUCCCAAGUUACCGCCAGUAACUAGCGUUAUAGGAUCUCAACAGACUUCGUCUAGUAUCACAACGCUGUCGAGCAUCACUCAGAAGAGCUUAGUCACGUCUAGUCCAAUAACAACUACCAGUGAGUCGAGAAAACCGUCGCUAACCCUAACGGCAAUGUUGCAAAACCAACCGGCAGCCACUAUGACCACCAAAUCUUCAGCCGACACGAUCACCGCAGCCAGUUUGUUGGGUUCUCCGAUAAGUAUCGCAAAAACAGGGUUCACGACCGCACUAGUACAAGCUCAACCUAAUGUUGUGGUUUCUCCUGUAACCACGAACAAUAUGGUGCCUCAGAGUGUUGCAAAUUUGAAUAAUCCCUCGGUAAUAGCGACGCCUAGUUCGAUGUUCAGACCGACAGCAUCGACUACAAACUUACUGCACACCCAACUAACCAAAGUAAGACCUAAAAUCAUAGAGGAACCCAAAGAAAUAAAACUUGAGGAAGUGAAACAAGAACUGCCGGAUAUUUCCACUAGUCUUGAAGACAACAAAAUAGCUUUGAUCAAACAGGAAUUAACGGGAUGCAAGUAUUCCAGCAUUCCUACACCUAUAUGUAACAGAACCGAGGACUCCCAGAACGUGCUACUGAAGAAAUUGUUGCAAAACACCGCUUGCGCUAGUACUCAGUCCCCGCCACCCAAUACGACGUCGUCAACGACCACUUCAGCUCCAACCAGUUCGAGUGCGACAAAUAUCGACAACAACCUGGCGAAAAACAGCACGCCCACAUUAUCGUCAUUAUUACCACCCGUUAUCAAAACAGAACCUCAAAUCCCCAUAACCAUAACUCAGCCGCAACAAAAAGCCGUGCAAAGGGUGACGAUUAGAGAGACUUCUUUCGUGUCUAGUCCGGUACCGCAACAAAAUAUCGCGCAAACGAGCAUCGUCACCACUCAAGCUACGCAGCAGCUACAUAUCGACGUGAAAAAAUGCUUGCCGGCAAGCAGAACGCCUAGCAGGGACGAUUUGUUGUCGCCUCAGACGCCUAGGUCUUCCUGUAGUCAGGAAUCUAGUUUACAAACUCCCCCACUGAUAAUGAAGAAGGAAUUGCCUUCGGUGAAUCAACACCAACAAAGUCCUAUUCUGACUACCCAGGAAGUCAAGAAGGAAUUUGUGGACGACUCCUCGCAACACUCCGAGGUGUCCGACCAUAGCCGAUCCGACAUACAAAUGAAAGAGGAACUGGACUCGGUCGAUCCAUCGACCGACAAAAUUAUAUUAGACAAGGAAGAACUUAAGAAGCAGAAGAGGAGGAUGUACCAACAAAAACGCAGGCAAAACCAGAUCCUUAACAAAGAAUUAUCGGGACAGCCCAAGAAGCGACCACGCAAAAACUCAAAAAUAGACGAGGACUACGACACCUACAUAGACGGAGUUCUUGCUCAACUCAGACAGUUACCUCCUAUGACGGUCUCAGAACCUGUCUUGAACCGUAAUUUCGGGGUGAUGCCAGUUUUUGGGUCCGGAGACAUGUCGAAAUUGGGAACUAAGUGUUACUCGUCGCAAUUUGGGGAUUUGAUGGGAACUUACGGAAACGCUGUGUUGCCUGGGUAUUCCGACUAUUACAAUACCAAGCCCUACGGGGAUGAAGAGCCUUUACCAGAAAAACCACCAGCUUCAACUCAGAGAGGCUUUUAUGACCAGGAGUUUCCUCUUAUUAGGUUCGACACUGAUGAAGAUAAGAAGUUUGAUCUGUUCUGUAGGGAAGACACUCCCGAUUCGAUUGUUAGCAGUUCUUCACCCGAGUGCGUACAAGUAGAGCCGCCGCAUAAGUUCCUGGGCUUGAGAUUGAUCAGCGACGAUGAAGAGGACGGAAGCGAGGAAAAAGACGUUCAAGGAAGAAUAUCACCUGUAGUGCCGAUGAUUAAACCACUUCCGAUAAGGCUGAAACCAGCUGGAGGGCUAUAUCUUAAGGAUUAUACAGACAAUAAGGAGAACAUUGACAAGGAGGUUCUUAUAAAAUCAAAGCCAGAUUCCAAACCGACAACGCCAGUGAAGGAUUCUGGAAAUGUUACUGUAACACUCACGUUGACGUCUUCGGCCGCCGAGGAUAUUAUGGGCGUACUUAGAGACCUGGCAAAUAUCCUACACAUCCCUGCGCCCACUAGUUAUCAAAUCGUUGAAAGAACGAGCACGCCCCCCAGUCAGAAAUUGGGCUUGUACAGAACGAAGGGAAAAGAUGGGAAAGAAGGAGCACCUAUUGACAUACAAAGCAUCCUUAACGGUGCCGCCAAAUUCUGCAAGCACUGCGACGUCGUGAUACUCAACAACAUGAUACGAAGGAAAGUGUCGGAUCUGCCGUUCUUAGCAAAGGACUCGGAAUUGCUGAGCGACGGGGAGGAGUUGUAUUUCUGCAGUUCCAGCUGUUACAUGCAGUUCGCUUUGAUGCAUAGAUCGCCAUCUAUUUCAGAGGACAAAGCCGCAGCCAUAAUAGACCAUCUAUCGCAGAAGGACAAAAUGGACAUGAAACACCGAAAGUCCCUGAGCGAGGUGUUUGACAACAAAGCCGUUAUUGCGCAACGCGUAAGUAUGGAUUACAGGGAUAUUAGAAAAGAGGAGCCCAUGGACACGAACGAUUUUCCGCUGUACCAACAUUCCGAACUGAAGCAUCACAAGUAUUCCGAGUCAUCCGAAUUUAAGUCGCUUAUGCCCUUAAAACCGCAUAAAAAUAUUAGGUAUAAAUUCUGGAUCCCGGGUUGCCUUCAACCAGCUCAAAAACAUAAACGGCCAACCGACAAAGAAAUUAUGGAGCUGCUGUAUAAGCUUCAAAUUACAGUCACGCCCCCCAGAAUGCCCGAUGACACGAGAAAGUGCAUGUUCUGCCAAGGAAUUGGCGAUGGAGUUGCGGACGGUCCCGCGCGUCUCCUUAACUUCGACGUGGACAAAUGGGUGCAUCUAAACUGUGGGCUUUGGUCGGACGGGGUCUACGAAACCGUGAACGGCGCCCUGAUGAACUUAGAAAACGCCAUUCAAAUGAGCCUCGUGACCAACUGCAUCCACUGCAACAAAUUCGGAGCAACAAUCCGCUGCUUCAAAACGAGGUGCACGAGCGUUUACCAUCUGAGCUGCGCCGUCAAAGACAGAUGUGUAUUUUUCAAGAACAAGACCGUCUAUUGUACCGUUCACGUUCCCAAGAACGAGAAAGAUAACGAGCUGACGACACUGUCCGUUUCGCGAAGGGUAUAUGUCAACAGGGACGAAAAUCGUCAGGUGGCCGCUAUAAUGCACCACUCAGACACCAACAACUUGCUUCGGGUAGGAAGCCUGAUAUUCCUCAACGUCGGGCAAUUGCUUCCGCACCAAUUGCAGAACUUCCACACCCCGAACUAUAUCUAUCCCAUCGGUUACAAGAUCAUCCGGUUCUUCUGGAGCAUGCGCCGGUUGAACAAACGGUGUAGGUACAUUUGUUCGAUACACGACGUGUGCGGCAGACCGGAAUUCAGGGUGCUCAUUCAGGAGCAGCCGGAAGAAGACGUUGAGUACAAAGAUCAAACACCAAGAGGGGUGUGGUUGAGAAUCGUCGAACAGAUCUCCGCUUUGAGAAAAGAGAACAGCUGCUUGCAGAUGUUCCCUAAGUUCGCGACGGGAGAGGAUUUGUUCGGCCUCACGGAACCCGCCAUCGUUCGGGUACUGGAAAGCCUUCCCGGCAUCGAAACCCUCACCGAUUACAAGUUCAAAUAUGGGAGGAAUCCAUUAUUAGAGCUGCCUCUGGCUAUUAACCCGUCGGGAGCCGCCAGGACCGAGCCCAGGCUUAGGAAUCAGAUGCACUGGAAGAGGCCGCACACGCAGCGCACCAUGGGGGCGACGGUGAGGCCUCUUUUUGGGCCGUCACCGUCGGGGCCCAGCAUAAGUAACAGCAGCCUGGGGGAGAUGUCGUGUCCGUACAGUAAACAGUUUGUGCAUUCAAAGAGCUCCCAGUACAAGAAGAUGAAGCAGGAGUGGAGGAAUAACGUGUAUUUGGCGAGGUCUAAAAUCCAAGGUUUGGGUCUGUACGCGGCACGGGAUUUGGAAAAGCAUACCAUGGUGAUAGAGUACAUCGGCGAGAUCAUCAGAACCGAGUUGGCUGAAUGCAGGGAAAAGCAGUACGAGGCGAAGAACCGAGGCAUAUACAUGUUCAGAUUGGACGAAGAGAGGGUGGUAGACGCCACUCUUUGCGGUGGCUUGGCCCGGUACAUUAACCAUUCGUGCAACCCGAAUUGUGUUGCUGAAACCGUCGAGGUGGAGAGGGACGUUAGAAUCAUUAUUUUCGCAAAACGGAGGAUUCAGAGAGGAGAGGAGUUGUCUUACGAUUACAAGUUCGACAUCGAGGACGACCAACACAAAAUAUCGUGUAUGUGUGGCGCGCCGAACUGCCGAAAGUGGAUGAAUUAGUUAAAUAUUUUCGUUUGCAUAUAUAUUUGUAAUGAUUGUAUAAAAAAAUUUCUUGUUACGACGUAUUAGUUGGUUUACGUGUACAUAAUCAAUUAAUUUGUUAUUUGUGUGUAUGUAACAGAAUUGAAACAGACUGUUUGCGGUGCCAUUUUAUUAACCCGUUCUUCAAUGCAUUCCAUAAUGUCUACUUUCUUACUGAUGUCGUGCGACGUAUUUAUACAUGAAUAUAACAAGCAUUUAUAUAUUUUAAUAUAUGAAGCAGUUAGCUUAGGUUAGGGACCAAAUUAGUAGCGACGUAUCCCCGACCUUUUGAUGUACAUAGUCUGUCUCCCGAUUAUUUAUUUUUUCACGUUGUGCUCUAGUGUAGAUGAACUGUAUUUAUAUACACUUUUCUUUUGAUCGUAUAGGUUGAGCUGAAGAUCAGUUUUUAAAGGUAUAAUCGAUGGUGAUUUCAUGAGAUUUUCUUUUAGCCUAACCUAUAAACUAGCCCCUUAUUGCCUUAUUAACUUUUUUUUCACUAGAGAUUGCUGUGCAAUAUAUUCCCGAAGCAUUACCUUGCACUUUUACGAUGAUUUGUAGUUGUAUCAUGUGUAGUUAAUUUUUAAACGGACAUAGUCCUUGUUGUUAAUUUUUUAGUGUAUAUUUUGUUUAUAUUUUUUUUUAUGAUUUAUCGAUAUGAUUUUGAAUGCUAUUACGACAAUAAUAUAUUGGAUUUAUGAAAUUAUUUUUACGUCAGUGCUGAAUAAAUGCAUCCUUUGCGUUUCUCGUGACUUGUUGGCAUUUUUUAUAGUUUUUAUAUUAGGAAAGUGACAAUCACUUAACUGUAGCAUAAUUUGUAUUAAAGCACUACCUGAUUAAUGUUUAAUUGUUUAUGUACAAAUAUCAAGUAUUGUAUAUGCAAUUUAGUGUAUAUAUCUCUUUCGAGAAAAUAGAAAUUUAUAAAUUUC